CAGCCCUACAGCCAGAGACUUGCCCUCCCUGCCUCCAGCCAGGCGCCCAUCCCCACCGCCAGAGGCCAGUGGUGCCUCUGGGCCCUCUACUCGUGGGGGCCUGCUUGUGCAGACCCCUCCACGAUACCCCAACUGUGGCCUUUAUGAGGGAGCCAAACCAGGGAGGACCAGGGAGAGGAGGCUGCCAAGGCUGAGAGAUGAGGCUGGUGAGGGCAACCCAUUCUAUGCGCUAUGACUUCAUUGCUCUUUCACAGCCCAGCCCUGGGCAAGCCCCUUAUGAAUUCUCAGGCUACUUGGAUGACCAGCCUUUCCUGUGGUGCUGCAAAAGGGGCAGAUGGGCAGAGCCCCGGGUACCCUGGGCCCAGUCCAAGAACCCGGAAGCUUGGGAGAAGCUCGUUCUCAGACUAAAGGCCCGAGCCCAGUACCUUGUCAUCAUUCUCAGGAGCAUCAUGGAGCAGCACAACCAGAGCCAAGAGUCUCACACCCUGAAGGCCAAGGUGGUCUGCGAGUUGCCGGGGAACCAGAGCAGCCUGGGACACUGGCAGUACAGCUAUGAUGGCCAGGACUUCCUUCUCAGCACACUGGAGUCUUUCAAUUCCAGCAAAAGCGGCCCAGGACAAGGCCGAACUGCAGAGGGGGAGACAGCAAAGGAGCAGUCAUUUCUGAGCAAGAGCUGCCUCUACCCUCUCCGGAAAUACCUAGAAGCUGGGGCAGGACUCCGGCCUGAGAUAGCAGUGAUAGAGCCUUCCAGUUCAAAGCAGAUCCCGCUCUGGAUCCUCUGUGGGCUCGUGGCUUCUGUAGUGGUCACUGUGGGAGCUGCAGUCACCUUCCUCUGGAAGAAGUGGAAGCAGGGCAGGAUGGCAGGUGCACAGGGGGAAAUCUAUAUUCCUAUGUCAAACUACAAUUAGAUGCCAGACUCCUCCAUUUGAGAUUGACAGAACCCGAAGUCAGAAGUGGCCUGAUUCCCUGCUGUGGAGGGAGCGUCCCUUGGUCCCAUGGAGCCCUUUCAGCUGGCUUUCCAGCCACACAGCGUGCCCAGGCCCCGUGAGGACAGCAGCAAGGCCCCCAUUGCACUUCUUUGAGCUGGGGGUGGGGGUGGGGCGGGGCGGAGUGGAGUGUGAGCUCUCCUGCUCUCGUGGAUCUCAGGCCUGCUUUGUAACCAGUCACUAGCACUUUUCUUUGUGAAUGGCCUUGAUAUUGCACUAUAAUAAAGAUGUAUAUUGGGGGGGGGAAUGUUGUUUAAAAAUGAACAAUGAUGUAAAAAAUAAAUAAACAUUUAUAUGGCAAAUUUGU